AUGUCUUACCGUGACCCAUACGUUGAGCAGUAUGGCAAUGCCCAAAGUGGCCGGCACGAGUUCAAUCCUUAUUCUUCUCAACCAGCAUAUCCUUCCUACGGACAAGCUGGCCCACAUUACAACGAUUACACGACUCCUUAUCAGGAUAGCCCAAUGAACCGAGGAACGUCUGUGAAUAGAAGGACGAAGGAUACAGACGAGACGAGUGGCUUUGAUCGAGGAGAAUUUACCACGAGGGAGAAUCCGGCCGGUAUAAAGAAAUUCCGACGAAGUUAUCAGGGAAAUAUGUGGACGAAGGGCGGGAAAGGAAGAGGUGUCAUCAGAUUCCUUUGCUGCACUCUGUUCAUUGGGUUGUUUCUGCUUCUCAGCAUCGUCCUCGCGCUGGCUUUGUGGUUAAAGCCGCCUAGCAUAACGAUAGGAUCGGCCAACAUCACUUCAACAAACAAUUUCCUAUCACAAACAGCAAUAUCAGUGCCUCUAACCGUCAAUAUAUCUGUCAACAACCCCAACUACUUCUCUGUUACAUUGAAAGAGCUCAAAGCCGAGUUCACUUACCCCAAGGGUAACGUGCCAGUCGGAAACGGAAUUUUGAACAACGUAGUCUUUGAGUCGAAUUCUGCAAAGACCUUCGCAUUCCCAUUCAACAUAAACUACAAGUUUGCCGAUGACCCUUCUUUGCAAGCACUAUUCGAUAUUGGUGAAAAAUGUGGCGUGACAUCAGGCCAAAAAUCCAACUUGAGCUUUCAGUACAAGAUUACGAUCGGAUUGCAGAUACUGGUAGCUCAUGUCAAACCUUCAAUUUCGAACACAAUCAGCAUUCCGUGCCCAUUAGGUCAAGCUGAAAUAGAGCAACUCAAAAAGUUGCUUGGUUCCAGCUAA